GCGUGAUGCAUCGUGACAGUGUGGCGGACAAGAUGCUGCUCCGAGGCAUGGUGCGAAAGAGCACCCGCCGCCGUCUUCACGUCAGCGCAGGACACCCUCUACGCGAUUCCAUACACACAGAUGCCGUUUCUAGUACAGACUCUGUCACCCCACAGUCGCCGAAGCGGUUGAUUCAGCACCUCUCGACCUUGAACGCACUGAAGUACGCCGUCCCACUUCACAUAAAGGAAAACGAGCGUGGAGACGAUGAUAAGCCAUCCGGCAAGUCCUACGAAGUUAUCGCAAGCAGGAGAAGGCACGGCGCAAUCGCAACGAGUUUAGUGGGAGCUCCAAGUCCACUGUCUCUUACCCAGCUGCGAACGGACCCGCAAGGUGCUGCUUGGAACCGAGCGGUAUAUCGCCGAGCUUUGACCAGUGUCCACAAGCUGAACGCACUUGGGUCACUCAGUCUGUCGAAGCAUCCACAACCACGCGCUGGCGACACGAACUCGCCCGCUCCGUCGCCGUCCCAGCAGUCCCGUGCGUGGUUUCGAGAUUUGCAAGCGACUGCGUCCGCCCCUCCACCCCAACCAAUCCCAGGCAGCUAUCGUCACUCCAAGUGGCAACAUGUGACGUAUGGCAGCUCCAUCUACUUGGAAUCAUGCGCCACGAAGACGUGCUUGUUGUUUGGCGGAAGCGGAAAGAGCGUCGGCAAUGCCCGACCACGGCACAGCGCCAACCCUGGGUCACUUCUUCGUAUUGUGGACUUUACAAAUCCAUUUCGACGAGGAAGCGUCUUUCACGGAGACGACGUGUGGCUUCGUCUGGACGACUUUUGUCCCGAUCUGCCAACGAAGCGAGACCCCAUCACCACGUACGUGAAGGAAGUGCAGCAUUACGUGUCGUGGGGGGUGAGAGCGAACGGCUUGACCGGCCAGACCUCUUGCCUCGCCAAUGUGCUGGAGACUCUGGUACCAUCCAUUGCGCACUACGGCUACGACACGUCGAUGGCCGAGUGCCUCGGAGAAAUCCACGCAGCCAUGCACCUUGCCAAGUGGACGAUCGAAGCGGUCGGGUCUUCCACACAAGGCGACGAAAACGAUGACGUCUAUGAUCGAGACGACUACUGCCACCGACCGGAGAAGGACCCACCCAAUUCGAGCCGGUCGAUCUGCAACUACGCAAUUGUUCACCUUCGACAAGAAGACCGGUUCCUCAUCGUGGACAAGACCACUGGCCUGACUUCAAUUCAACACCGGCAAGGUACAUCGUCCCCUCGUAAAGCGAAAACUGCGCAGUGGCGGGUGUGUGUGCGAGAUCCCAUGGCCGCCACCCAUUUGACCAGUUCAACCCACGAGGCAGGCAACAUUGUGGUCAAGGCGUCGGUGAACCUUGUCGAGAGCCACCAACGCGCCACCACGUUUCUCGGGACCAAGAACGACGUAGUGACCGACCAAAUCGAAACCCACCAAGCCAGUCGUACCCACCUCGCCAUGAUCCACGAUGCCAAAGAAACCCACGCAGUCGAGUAUUUUACCCAUAAAUUCAAAACUGCGGCCAUGGCGCGGCAGAGGUGACAUCAACCAUGCAAACCAAACAACCAUAACUCCAUCGACAUGCCGCCUGGCCAAACCGUCAAGC